AUGUACCUCUUUCCCCUGUCUCCACCUCCUAAUCCAGUAGACUAUGCGACUCAUCUCAUCCCCACGGCUUCGUCUCCCAUCACUCCAGUCCACCUCUCCAAGGCUACCCAACAGCGCGAAGCCGUCCGCACCCUGCUGCAGCGCAACCAUGAUGCUUCUUCUUCCACCUCUUCCUCGUCAGCUGGCAGUACGGCAACAAUAGAGGCGAAGCUUGUCUCAGCUCUGGAAGAGUAUCUACCUUCGCUAGCGGCAAUCUUCGACGCGACAAAGACGGACGACCUCGUUGUGCGGGGACCUGCUACCUUUCGAUGGGCUCCCCUACUCGACCCCACAACUCCCUCAUUCAGCUCCUCUUCUCCUUCUUUCUCGUCACUUAGCACUGAAGUGGAGAACAUCGUCCUCCUCUAUGCUCUCGCCUUGCACAACCUGUCCAUCUUGCAUACCCUCUCCGCCGGACCCACGUACGACUUCUCCCCAACUCUUCCAGACGGCGACCGUAAAGCGAGAGACGCCAUUGUGAAGCGCGGAGCGGCAAGUUGGGGCACCAAGGCGAUACAUGUCGCGAGAUGGCUAUGUACUCAUGCGGAUGAUGUGGUCAGAGGAUGGAAUGGGGGUGGUGUAGAUGGUCAAGGGGCGAGACCUGCUCGGGGUUCGGUUGAUGGUCAGGGCGCAAGGGAAGGAGACGACGACGAUGAGGAUGAGGAUGUCGGUGCCGCCGCUCUUACACGACGGCGACGUCUCUGGCAUGGUUUCGCCACUCUUCUCGAGCUCGCCCCCACCUUGGCCAUGCUUCGCGUCCUCACCUCCGCAGCGAACAGUCAUGCAGCGUCUACGGGCACACGCCCGCCGCCUUUGCCUCCAGGCCACGCUUCGCCAGGCUUGCUGGCUAAGCUCUUCCUCGAGGUGCCGAGGAUAGCGGAUGAAGCCAAAGCAGAGUUUGAAGCAGCGAUGCGGGUGCUGCCGAGCAGUAGUGGGGGUAGGAAGGGCGAGGACGGCAUUUCUGGACGGCUCAAGCGGCUAGGACUGGGACGAAAUGGCUCAGGCGCUGCGGCCAGCAUUGCCUCCUCAUCGUCGUCGUCAUCUUCACUUCGCGUCUCACAGCGUCUCAUGCGCUACCUCACAGCUAUCGCAGCUUGGGGCCGUUGCACCUCUCUAAUGUACCUCGGCCUCCAAGCAGGCGAAGACACUCGACACGCAGAAGCGGCCGUCUGGCUGCGUAUGGCCCGGGACGAACUCGUCACGCGUAGUGCUGGGGAGGAGCAACCGGAUGAUGACAGCGAUAGCGACAGUAGCAGUGAUGAAGGCGGUCGUGGAGGAUCGUCUAAGGAGACAAAGGCGUACGCGGCUGCUUGGGACGAGAUGACGGGGCAGAGGCGCUUCCUCAAAAAGCAGGUGAGGCCGAUGCUGAGGCGAGAGAUGAGGCGAAGCAAGAAGGAUAAGGAAAAGCGCGUGGGUGGCCUCAAAGGAAGAUUCAGCAGCAAGGAGAAAGCCAAGAGCAAUACUGCCAGCCUAGAUACGGCAGAUGGGAGCGUGUCAACAGGUGCUGCCCUUUCCUCGUCUGUCCAUCAACAUCCCCUCUCCCACCGACUGGUCCAGUAUCACUCCACCCUCCUCACGUCAGGCACAACGCCCUUACUCGCCCACCUCUACAAGACGUACCGCAACCUGAACGAUACAAUUUCCUUCCAACCUUCACCUGCACGCGCUGACCUACUAGCCAAAAUGCCUGGUCCGCGCCCUGUAUUGUCGAUCGGGGACGCGGGAGCGCAGGAGGACGGGUGGCAGAUGCCCAGGGCAGAAUGGGGGACGAGGGUCAUACCGAGGAGGGGAGGAGGAGAAGAGGGGCAGGAGCUGGAGAUCGGGGUGGGUCUGAUCGGUGGGACGGGAGGAAGUGGUGGCGGGAAUGAGGAGCAGAAGUAUGCAGGACAAGGAGCGUACUAUUGA